CUAUACUCUUAUUUCAUUCAUUCAUUCAUUAAUCGUUCUAGUGUUCGUUUUGCGCUGAUUUCUGUGAUUCAUAUUUUCGGAAAUCUUAGUUUAAUUAUUUCGCAAAUUGUAUAGAUAACGAAGUUGUACAAAAUGAGAUAUAAUUGAAAGUAAUGACUUGAAUUCGUGUAUAAAAUAAUUGUGUAAUUUUAAACCGAAACAAAAUAAGCAGGAUGGAGAAUAAUCUGAGCCGUAGUGGUAGUCGAUCGAGCUCCGUUUGUGAGCUUGAAAAAGAUUUUAGCGAUAUGGAAAUUAUGAAAAGUAGGACGAACCGACGUAACGUAAUGCUUCGAUCACAACCAGCGCGGAAAGCGAAACGAGUUAGGUUUUUUCGAAAUGGGGAUAAAUUUUAUUCAGGUGUUAUAAUCCCAGUCUUGCCAGAAAGAUACAGGUCUUUUGAUAGUUUAACUGCCGACUUGACUAGGGUGCUUGUUGAUAAUGUCACUCUUCCCAGUGGUGUCAGGACAAUAUACUCCCUUGAGGGUAGAAAAAUAGGCAAAUUAGAUGAUUUAGAAGAUGGUCAAUCAUAUGUGUGUAGUGGUUUUGGCGAGCCUUUUAAACGUCUAGACUACGAAGCUAGUGCUGUGACACCUCAGUCUUUUAGACUGAGUGGCCCAGAAUCAUUAAGUGACAGUGCAAGUCCGUCUCCUGCCAGAGCAAACAACCGGUUGUCCCGAUAUUUGCAGGCUAAUGGUAGUAGCACUACCGGCAACGGGACAGCGCGCGUUAGCCCAGCCGGCGACAAUGUGGUUCGACCACGGAUAGUUACUAUAAUUAGGAAUGGAGUGAAACCUCGCAAGGUGUGCCGACUGUUGCUCAACAAACGCAACAGUCCGACAUUGGAGCACGCACUCGCAGCGAUCACGGAAUGUAUCAAAUUGGACACUGGCUGCGUUCGGAAAGUGUUCACGCAGUCGGGCACCGCUGUCACCGCUCUACACCAAUUCUUUGACGAUGAAGAUGUGUUUUUUGCUUAUGGAAAUGAAAGGGUUAAUCAAGAAGAUUUUGAAUUAGAAUUUGAAGAGAGUAGAGCUGUUUUACAAUGUAGAAAAACACCCAUCACUAGGAAUUCAAGGACGGGACCAAAGCCCCGUAUGCCUGUAAAGGCAGGCGGUGGGGCCGCUCGAGCAGCCAGCGAAGCGGGCGGCGGCGCCGCCGGCGAUGCCGCGGAUGAUGUUGCCGCGCCGCUACUGCCGCAGCCGCUGAGACUCAAGUAUAACGUCGGAAAAAUCAUAGGUGACGGCAAUUUCGCAGUUGUGCGAAUUUGUAAAGACAAAACAACAAACAAAGAAUACGCUCUCAAAAUUAUAGACAAAGCCAAGUGUAAGGGCAAAGAACAUUAUGUGGAAGCAGAGGUACGAGUAAUGCGGAAAUUGUGCCACCCUCGUAUCGUAUCAUUAAUUGAAGAACAAGACAGUCCCGAAUGGCUAUUCCUAAUUAUGGAACUAGUUAGUGGUGGCGAUUUAUUUGAUAGUAUCGCGGCUGCUUCCAAAUUUUCUGAACCACAAGCCCGUUUGCUAAUCGGCCAUUUAACAUCAGCUAUUGCAUACCUACACUCGCUUUCAAUAGUGCAUCGUGACAUCAAACCCGAGAAUCUAUUGGUAGAAGUAGGCUCCGAUGGCAGUAUACGCGGUUUGAAACUGGCUGACUUCGGCCUAGCAGUUGAAGUUUGGCGGCCAUUACAUGCUGUCUGCGGCACACCUACUUACGUAGCUCCUGAGAUUCUACUAGAAACAGGAUAUGGACUAAAGAUUGAUGUGUGGGCUGCUGGUGUCAUCCUUUACAUACUGUUAUGUGGAUUCCCUCCAUUCUCAUCUCCUGAUGGUGACCAAGAAAAAUUAUUUGAUGCAAUUUUAUCGGCGCGACUAGAGUUUCCUGCGCCACACUGGGAGCGGGUCUCAGCUGGUGCUAUUGAUCUUGUGGCGAACAUGCUACGGCCGCAACCGGAAUUGCGCUUUGCUGCCGAAGACGUCCUCGAUCACGCUUGGAUGGCGGAUGAUUAUGAUGAGAGCUGUGAUUUUCGUACAUGGUACGAUGAAGACUCAUCAUAGCUGGGCGAGGAGACUGCGACCACUAGCUCGUGACGACUCGUGGCCGGCGUCCGCCUACGCCUCCGCCCGCGCUACAGCUUUUACGCAUAGUACUGGCUGCAGCAGUAUAUGCCUUUCAACAUAUUAACACCAAUACCAAAGCUUAAAUUUAACAUUAAUACUUAACCUUACUGCAUGUGCAGUGUUUGUAUAAUUUAUAUCUUCAAUAACUUUUAUGUUGCAAACUCUGAUGCAGUAUUUGUUAAUCUUUUCGUAUUUUGAUACAAUCAACAAUACAAUAUACAGGUUUAAGACAUGGAAUAAUUUUCCACAUAGGACUAGUAUAUUUGCUCCAGCCUCCGUUAGAUUAGGAGAGCACUAAAAUUUAAUAUAUUCUACUAUAGUAUAAAAUUCAAUCGGGCAAUAAAUUAAUUAAAAUUGAAUUGAUAAAAUUGGAAGUGAUUAAAAAAUCAAUAUUUAGCGACUCAUUACACGCUGACGGUUAGUCGCUGAUUCAGUAUUUUUAUCGCUCGAAAUAUUAUCCAUUUCUACAUUAUGACUGUUCAGCUGCUUUAGUAUUAUUUAUGUUUUGUUUCUCAUUCAGCUGUCAGUCAAUAAGUACAAUAUAAUUUGUGAAUUCGCACAUUACACUCAUAAUUUCAAAAGAUCUCCCUUAUAUCUUCUUUAUGACUUUUGUUAUCUUUUCAGUUUUAGAUAUGAAUACUUAGGUUUAAAGAAAUUAUAAUAUUUAUAAACAAAUGUUUUUAUUUUAUGAUAAUAUUCUGUAAUAUAUGAGUAAUAUAUGUUAUUUAAUUAUUUGAAUGAAUUAAUAUUUACAAGCGUAGAGCGCAAGCGUAAAAUAGUUUUUGUAUCAUAUGAAAUGCUUAUAGGCAUGUAUCAAUCGCUGUUGCUUCCAUGUAAUCAUAUCACUCGCAUUUCCAUUAUGACUGCAUUUAUGCUACAAAUACAUGUCCACCGUUCACUAGAGUUAUAUGAACAAGUUAAUUUAUAUGUUUAUGACAAUUUUUAUGAACAAUGUUUCUUUUGUCAUUGAAUAAAAUCAAUUGCUAAAAUCAACUUUGUAGUGACAUCUAGAUGUUAUUGCAAUGGUGUAGUGACCUUAUAGGUGCUUAUCAGUUUUGAUAGAUGGUGCUUGUAGAAACAGUGAAAAUAAAUUUAUUAAUGAUGAGAUGAUAAAAUAACAAUUAUUAAAGAAUACCUUAUGUGAAUGUAUUGUACCAAAUUGUUUGCAGUCACUACAUCUAUUCAAAUAUAAUUAAAAUACUUGAAUAAUUCAAUCCUUAUAAUUGUAUUCCCAUGGUUUAGAUAUAUUAGAUAAUGAACAAGCGCACUGACCACCAUGUAAGUGCCAAAAUUUUUUCAUAUCAUUCUAUAUAUAUAUAUAUAUAUGAUUAUUUUCAUAAUGUUCCUCUCUCGAAUAAUUAAUUAUGGCUACUUAGAAUUUAAUAUAUAAUGCUUAUAGGUUUACGCCAUGUAAGCUCAAACACAAAUUCAAAGUAAAAUUUUAUUCUUGUCUAAAACAUUACUUAUAUACAGAGGCGACUCCAAAUGUUAAAACAAAAACAAGUGCAAUUAAUUCUCUACUUGUGUUGGUAUCCAUUAUAUGAUAGUAGCAUAUGUUGCCACCAUCAUAAUGUCCUUUUGAAUAAAAAAAAACAAGUUGAUCAAUGAGAGUAGUGGGGGCAAAUUUUCCAUAGAAUCUGUGUUAAGGCAGUUAAACAUGAGUGUCUUAUAUCAACAUUUGCGAUCCUAGUUUUCGACCAUUUUGCUUCAAGAGUCGCAACAGGCAUAUUUUAUGUGUUUGAGCAUUGAUGAGAAAUAAGUUAAUUUCUAAAACAACAUUAAAUGCAACCCAUAUAUUAGACUGAUUUACAUUCCUCAUAAAUUCCAAAAGUACAGUAUAAUCCUACUCAUUAAACCGCGGACACAUUUUUGUACAGUUACAUUAGUUAAAAACAAAUUAUGUAAAUCUGGAAAGACUAUUUACGUAGGUAGUGUUUAUUGACAGUUUUCAACUAUAGAUGCAUAUUUCGAAUAAAUGUUUUUUAUAAAAUCUUUGACAAUUUUAUGAAAAUACAAAAUUUUAGAAGGAAAUUGGUAUGAUAGAAUUUAUGAAUGUGUUAUUACAACGAAAAAUCAUAAAGCAAUAAUAUAUCUACUAUACAUACUAUUAUAAAAGAAAUGUACCUAUUAAAUUGUGCUUAGUAUGUGUAGUCCUCACAUUACAUCCAUAACAUUUUACUUUAGAAGAAAAGAUUUUCUUUAUAAUUAGUACUAUAUAAGAUGGCAUGUCAAUCACACUGAUCAUCAAAUUUUAUAAUGCAUUUAGAAUAUGGUAUGUGCAUUUGAGUAAAUGAAAAAUAAAUUUGUAAAAAACUGCUAUAAUAUUUCAUUUCUUAUUCUAUAAAUAUACAAUAGUAUGUACAUAUUAAAAUGUACAGCAUAUUAUUAAAUCAGGACUAUUAUUUCAGUAUAUAACCUGUUAAUAAAAAUCCACUAGAUCCAUUCAUCAUUACUUCUGGAUGUGUUCUCUCUGGUAAUACCUGAAAAAGAAAGGAAAUAAUAAUCCUUACUAAUAUUAUAAAAAUGAAAGUGUGUUUGUCACUGCUUAACAGUGGUGUGACUAUGCUAUAUGAGACCUGUGAUAAAUUAAUUAGGUGGGGUCCUCUAUCUGAAAAAGCUUCAUGUUGUAGUUUCAUUUUUAUUAUAUAUUACAUCACUAAGUAAAUAUACAUACUAUAAUGCA